CCGCUGCGCCGCCGAGCCAUGCGAGGCUUUAAGCGGCAGGUGCGGGGGAGCGGAGCACACGCGUAAGCGGCGGCUGCUGCGGCCCGGCGGUAGCGGCGGCGGGCGCCUUUCGGCUCGGCGGGAGCCGCGGCGGAGCGGAGCAUGUCGGUGGCGACCGGGGGCAGCGAGGCGGCGGCAGCAGCGGGCGGAGGCGGCGGGAACCGCGUUUUCUUCCAGAGCCCCCGUGGCGGCGGCGGGAGCGGCGGCUCCUCCGGCAGCUCCUCCCGGGAGGACUCGGUGUCGGCAGCGGCGGCCGUGGUGCAGGUCCAGCAGCGGCGCCACCAGCAGGGGAAAGUGACGGUGAAAUACGAUCGCAAGGAGCUGCGGAAGCGGCUGGUGCUGGAGGAGUGGAUCGUGGAGCAGCUGGGGCAGCUCUACGGCUGCGAGGAAGAAGAAAUGCCAGAGGUAGAAAUUGACAUUGAUGACCUUCUUGAUGCAGCCAAUGAAGAGGAGAGAGCUCUCAAAUUACAGGAAACUCUUGUAGAUUGCUACAAACCAACAGAGGAAUUUAUCAAAGAGCUGCUAACUCGGAUAAGAGGAAUGAGGAAACUCAGUCCCCCUCAAAAGAAGAGUAUAUAAAUAACUCAAAGUAAUAGCACUCUGUAAAAGACAUGGCAAGGGAAAUGGGACUUUGAAUACAAGACCUUUAUUAAAAUAAUUGUCUUUCUCCACAACUUUUUUGAUUUUAUUCAGUUUUGACUCAAGGAAUUUUUUUGGUGUGUUUUAAGGGUUCUUUUUUAAGUGUCAAUUAUUUUUUAUCAAAAAUAUCAACAAUUUGGAUGCUGCUCAACUUUCACCUGAGGAUUACUGAAGCAAGUGAAGAAUCCAAGAGUUAGAGAUGAGGGGCAGCAAGCCUAUGGGGUGAACCAGAAGAUCUUGUAAAUUUACAGAGCUAGGAGACUUCUCCUUGCAACUAGUUGGAUAACGUUUCUUAAGUUGGUUGUACAUUUAACUCAUGGAUGUCAAGUUUCUUGUGCUUGUCUGUACAUAAAUUUUAAAGUGGGUUGUGAAUACUGUUUCACAUGGAUGGAAGGAGAAGUUUGUCAUAGUAAAUUAUUUAAAUGGUGGUUAUUGAAAAUUUGCUAUCAAAAGGUACCAAUUUAGAUUACUAAAACAAAUGCUGCCAUUUUUCUAAAUACCCUUAAAGCAGCCCAGUGAAGAAUCUCAUCAUAUCUCCUUGUCUAGACUACAGCAUAUGAAAAUUGGGAAUUUUAAGGGCUUAAUUUCUACACUUAAAAGUUAUUUGAUUGACUUUGAUGCUUUGCCAGGAUCACUUCCUCUCCACCUCAUGGUGUCUUGGAGCUGUGCUAACCUGUACUGAAUAUGGGUCUGGAGUGAUAUCUAGAGAAAUGUCCAUGAGCAUUUAAAAGCUGGUUCAUGCUGGAGGAAAGGCAGUGAUACCAAAAUGAAUUACAAGUACUGUAUUGCAUUUAAUGAUGUGGUCUUAAUCAAAUGCAGAUUCCUCUCCUAUAAAGGUAGGCAAAAAGUAAUACAGCCUUUGUUUAUGGCUCUGCCCUGAGAAGUGGGAGACUUCUUAACUUGGGCUCUCUUACUUGUAAGAGCAAGGGCGGACAUCCCUGCUCCCUUCUGGAAAAUGUCCUAACUAGAAUGUUUGAUAAGCUACCAUUCACUGGUAGGUGACAUUAGUCAGGCAUUUUAUAUCAAGGGUGCUCUGAACAUAUUUUAUUUUUCAAAAGAAGUACAUGUUUGUGAAUUUUAUGUAUACUGGCAAGCUUUUUUAAUGUAUUUAAUUUUGUAAUGUUUACUGAUGAUUUUAUUUACCAGAUAUUUACUCAAAUAAAUGGAACUUGUGACUUGUUACAUGUACACUUUACAAGACUACUGUUGCUGAGUAGGUUUGUAAAUGGAAUUGCUUGUCAAAAAGAGAAGCCUGUAAGGUGGUAAGUACAUGGGAACUCAGCUGUAUUGACCCGAAUGGCUUUUAAUGUACUCGGUAUCUCUCACACUCCUGUAACCUGGUGCACAGUUUCGCUUUUGAAAGUCUUCUCCAGAUGAGGCCUUUCUUCCCUGUGCCCUAGGGAAUUUAAAAAAGGGUAAGGAAACAAAGCUUGGAAAUUCUUUCAGAUAAAUGCUGAUAAAUGCAGAUUUCUUUUUGUCCACCAAAGACGGACUGUAGGGGAAGGCUUACACUGGGUAGCUCUCAGUUUCCUAGUGAAGGUGUGGCAGAAGGGGAUCUUUCAGAUCUACCUUUCUUCCUUUAGGCACCUUUUUGGAUCCUCAAGAAAUUCCAGUAUCCCUGAGAAAAGUCUCACCUGCAGCACUUUAAAUUUAAAUCUGGUAUCUUGCUGAGGUUGCAAUUUAUCUCUGGUUUAGAAUUGGUGGAAAUUCUCAUGUUCAGAGUUUUGAGAUGGAGUCUGAAACAAUCCACACUUUGAACAAUAAGGGUUCUAACAAUUUUCCCAUUCACAGAUGCAUUUUGUGACUUCACUGACAAUUUCAAUUAUAACCUUUUUUUCCUUUAUAAUAAUGCUGUGUCAAAUCAGAUGUCAAUUAAUGGCAACUGUACCAGUUCUCUCAUUACCUACAACAAAAAAUACUAUCCACAAAUAUUUUUUAUUUCAUGUUUUUUGACUAAAAGCUGCCCACCCAACUGUACUCAUGACAUAUUUGUGUCUUUUAUCCUAUUCAUCUUGCACUGAGUAGCUGUGGAAAGUAGCAGUGUACCCCUUCUAAAACUAAGAGGUUUGGUGGUACACUUAGAAAUGGUGAAGACUGGGACAGUCCUUACUGUUUUGUUGUCUCCUGGAGAUGGGCUAAGUCACUUCUGAGAAGAGUUUCCUCCAGCACCACAGGUUUUGCUGUCUUAGAAGAGAGUAAAACCAAGCUGUAAAUAGCUUUUGUUUGCAGCUGACCUGAUUUUCCUGGGGACUUACAGGGUCUCAUUCUUGCUAAUUUUUACUUAAUGGAGCUACUCUUGGCCUUGGUGUUAGUGAGGGGCAAUUGACCCAUUCACUAAAAAUUUAAUUGUGCUUUGUGUCUUUAUACUGUGUGGGUGUUCUUGGCUCUGGGGCAAUAUUCAAGGAGCAUAUAAAUAGCACAGUUACUGAAACAACUUGAAAUGAAAUCUUACAGCCCAGUCUCUUUAUGGUCUUGGCUGGACAGCUUUCAUGAGAAGGGCCAAGUUGCUGCAAUGAGAGCUUCCUCUGGGCUUUUUAAGUGGCUAAUGAAAGAAACUGAAGUUCCUUCUUAUAAAUACAAAGUGAAGCUGAGGUUUUUGUUUUGGAAUUGAAGUGCCUUUGCAGUGUUAAAAAAUUGCCUUCAAGAGCAUGUGUUUCUGGACUCUGCUUCAUGGCAUAAUUAGCUUUUGCAUGUUUUACAGCAGGACCUGACAGCUGGCUUAGAAAGGAAAGCAAAGUGCUUGUGUAAUCAUACUUAGGGUGCCUCAGGAGGCUGCAGUGACAGGGUGGUGUAUUCAGUGGUACAGAAGAAAGGACAUGAACCAUUUGCCUGCCAGCCUUAUUUUAGUUCCUUCCCCCCAACCCCAACAGGGUUUUGCUCCUGAAGUUGCCAUUCAUGCAGGGAACAUCGUGCAGAAUGAUGUUCUCUAUUAUCAGAGAAUAUGGCUAAGAAAAGCAGGAGCAAAAUAUCUGCCCUGUUUGUGCACUUGAAACUCUUUGACACAGAGUCUUAGUAAGAAUUUUUAGUGCUUUAUGCUGGUAGGUAAAAUAGCAUAUGUGAAAUUGAAAUUACUCAGCAAUUUAUUUCUAAAUGGCUUUUCAGAGUCAAGACAGUCUUAAUGUAAACAUGCAGCUCCAGGGUAAAAAAAAAAAUGCCAGCCACAUCAACAGAAGACCUAUUUGAGUGGGAGCUAGAAGAAAAUGCAGGUCUUAUUCUGAACAAGCAGCUGAACAGAAAACUCUGAAGUGCUGUAACAAAAGGAAAUUUGCUUCCUGGCUGCCUAAGAUUUGUCAUUGUAUACUGCAGAUUGUAUACAGGUACUGAGUAACCACAUGCAAUACUUUUCAAAAGGUGUUGAGGUUUAGGGAGGAAGCCAGAAAAGAAAGCGGCUGUCGGGAAGUUCAGGAAAAAACAUCACUAAGAAAAUUUCCUGUUAGGAAAACAGAAGAGUCUUGUGUUACUGCAUAUAUUUCUGUAUGGAAAGAAAAUGAGAGGUGUCAAUGCUUUCGUGUAUUGGAGAAAACCGUGAAGAGGAGAAAUACCUGGAAGAUAAAGGAAGGAAUCUUGAUGUGUUGAAGAAGAUACAGCAUCCUGAUGGUGAUGACCCCUUUGAGCUUGCUACUGUGGGAAUAGGUGAGAUUGACAACUAUUGGUAUCUCCAAAUUGAAACUGGAUGCUUUUCUAGAUAAGUUGUCAUUGGACGAGUUACUCAGUUUCAGUCAAGGUAAUCAAAGGCCUUAAAACUCUAGACUUCUGCUUCAUUGGGUUUUGUUUGUUGUUUUUUCUGUGAUUGUUUUUGGUUUUGGGUUUUUUGUUUUGUUUUGCUUCUUGGUUGGUUCUAGAUUUUUGUUAAAGCAGAAAAAACUAAAAGGAAAUUGAUUUCUAUGUGUUAUGGCAAUGUAAUGACGUGCUUAUGCAGAUUACUAAUACUAGCUACAUAUUUUAUAUAUAACUCCAUUACUUUUUACUUGAAUUUCAUGGUACAACUUUUUUUUUUUCUGGAAAUAAGCAAAUAGGAAUUGUGAAUGUAAUUAAAGUUACUGUUGAAAGCUGGAGAGAAAUUGAAGUGAAGAAGAAAAAAUGUGACAAGUGCUUAGUGCAGUAAAUUUUAUUUUUGCCUCUGGAAGAUUCUGUCAUCAGUGUGUAAAUAGAGUAUUUCUGAAGUUUUGAAAUUGCCAUUUGUAAUAAUCUAUCCUAGAGCUGAUGGGGUUUUAUUCGUUUUGUGUAUUUUUUGGUGGAAGUAAUGGCCAAAUUCUAUGAACUUAACAGUUUACUAUGAACUUAACUGUUUACUGACUUCUGUGUUUUCCAAUAAAAACUGGCAUCAGUUGUUUAA